CGGGGAUUUACGACGGCGGGAGCAUUUGGAGGAGGAACUGCGGGAAGCGAGGUACUACUACCUGGAGCAGCUGCGAGGAGGUGGGCUUUCUUGCUCCUCUCCGCCCUUCCCCGGAGCCUGCGGGCCCCGGGCUGGGCCGGAGAAUCAGCCGGAGUCGAGGAGGAGCCACCCUCUCCUUCCCCGCUAGGCCGAGCAGCCAAUAAGGCGCCAGGGGCCGGCAUUCAGCUCCUCCUUCCCGGGGAGAGCGGAGCCCGACGCUGAGUGUGCUGGUGGAGCGGGGGAAACAAGCGGCGGCGCAGAAAGUCUUCGGGCGCCCGAGUAGCCCGCAGCGCCGAGAGGCGAAGGGCGGCAGUGGUAGAGCGCAGCGCCUGACUGCCCGGCCGCCCUACUCGCAGCUCCGCCGCAGCGCGCGUAAAGAAGCCUGAAGCGCGGCUGGAGGCGGAGGAAGGAGAGAUCGAGAUCCCCUAUUAGCCGGACUUGCAGCAUUUCUCGGGGCUCCGAGGAAGCAGCCGCAAUGCCGCUUGCCCAGCUGGGAGCGGAACCUUGGCCCGACAUGGAGCUGGUGGACAUGGAGCUGGACGCGGAGAAUGGACAAGCUGCUCCAGAAGGAAAAAAGGGAGCUCUGCCGAAGGUUUCUCAUAGGACAUGAGCACAUUAGCUUGCAGGGAGACAAGCACUCGCUGGAGCCAGAGGCAAUGACAGGCAGAGCCACCCGCGGACUGGUUGCAAAACGGAACACCACUUGGAUAGAGAGAGACAAUGUGAACACAGCAGAUAAGAAUGAAGGCUCUGUCCAAGAAUAUACCAUCACAUACCUUGUGAAAGAGGGGUCUGAGAAGGCCGAUCCAUCACAGUUUGAGCUUCUUAAAGUCCUGGGACAGGGUUCGUUUGGCAAAGUUUUCCUCGUAAGAAAAAUCACCCCACCGGACAAUGGCCACCUUUACGCCAUGAAGGUCCUAAAGAAAGCCACCCUGAAAGUGCGUGAUCGUGUAAGAACAAAAAUGGAAAGAGACAUUUUAGUAGAAGUCAACCACCCAUUCAUUGUGAAACUCCACUAUGCUUUCCAAACGGAAGGGAAGCUGUACCUCAUCCUCGACUUCCUCAGAGGAGGAGACCUCUUCAUGCGCCUUUCCAAAGAGGUAAUGUUCACAGAGGAAGACGUGAAAUUCUACCUUGCAGAGCUGGCACUUGGCCUCGGCCACUUGCACCGCUUGGGAAUCGUAUACCGGGACCUCAAACCAGAGAAUAUCCUCCUGGAUGACGAAGGCCAUAUCAAACUCACAGACUUUGGUCUGAGCAAGGAAGCCAUUGACCAUGAGAAGAAAGCCUACUCUUUCUGUGGGACAGUGGAGUACAUGGCACCAGAAGUGGUGAAUCGCCAAGGCCACACCCAGAGCGCUGACUGGUGGUCGUACGGGAUUUUAAUGUUUGAGAUGCUGACGGGGGCCCUGCCGUUCCAGGGGAAGGACCGGAAGGAGACAAUGACUCUCAUUCUCAAAGCAAAGCUGGGCAUGCCCCAGUUUCUGAGCUCUGAAGCGCAGAGUCUCCUGCGAGCCCUUUUCAAGAGGAACCCAGCCAAUAGGUUAGGUUCUGGCUCAGAUGGUGUUGAGGAAAUAAAGCGCCACCCUUUCUAUUCCACUAUUGACUGGAAUAAACUCUUUCGCCGAGAAAUCAAGCCACCUUUCAAACCUGCCGUUGGCCAACCAGAUGAUACCUUUUAUUUUGACAAAGAGUUUACCUCACGAACGCCAAAAGACUCCCCUGGGAUUCCGCCUAGUGCAGGGGCCCAUCAGCUCUUCCGAGGGUUCAGCUUUGUGGCCACGGGGUUGAAUGAGGAUGAGAAGGCCAAAUCCCCACCAGUGCCUUUGCAUUCUAUGGUACAGCAACUGCAUGGUAAGAACCACCAGUUUAGUGACGGCUACGUGGUGAAGGAGGCCAUUGGCGUAGGUUCCUACUCGGUGUGCAAGCGCUGCAUUCACAAGGCAACGGGAACAGAGUAUGCUGUCAAGGUGAUUGACAAGAGUAAGCAGGAUCCCUCAGAGGAGAUUGAGAUACUCCUACGGUAUGGACAGCACCCAAAUAUCAUCACCCUGAAGGAUGUGUAUGACGAUGGCAAGCAUGUUUACCUGGUGACGGACUUAAUGAGAGGAGGGGAGCUGCUGGAUCGGAUCCUCAAGCAGAAGUGCUUCUCUGAAAGGGAGGCCAGCUCUGUCCUGCACACGAUCUGCAAGACUGUGGAAUAUCUUCACUCGCAAGGCGUGGUCCACAGAGACUUGAAACCUAGCAACAUCCUCUAUGUAGAUGAAUCUGGCAACCCAGAGUCUAUUCGCAUUUGUGACUUCGGCUUCGCCAAGCAGCUGAGGGCAGACAAUGGGCUCCUCAUGACCCCUUGCUAUACUGCCAAUUUUGUGGCUCCAGAGGUAUUGAAGCGACAAGGUUAUGAUGAAGCCUGUGAUAUCUGGAGCUUAGGGAUCCUCCUCUACACAAUGUUGGCAGGGUACACCCCAUUUGCAAAUGGGCCUGGCGACACCCCUGAGGAGAUCCUCAUGCGAAUAGGUGGGGGGAAGUUCUCCCUCAAAGGGGGGAAUUGGGACACAGUUUCAGACGCAGCCAAGGACCUGGUAUCGAAGAUGCUCCACGUUGAUCCUCAUCAGCGCCUGACAGCCAAGCAAGUCCUCCAGCACUUGUGGAUAACCCAGAAGGACAAGUUGCCCCAGAGCCAGUUAAAUCACCAGGAUGUACAGCUUGUAAAGGGCGCUAUGGCUGCCACGUACUCCGCACUGAAUAACUCAAAGCCAGGACCCCAGCUGAAACCCAUCGAGUUUUCCUUCUUGGCUCAGAGGCGAGUCAAGAAGCUCCCGUCUACCACACUGUGACAUGGGAAUGUUGGGCUCUCUCUCUCUCUCACACACACACGCAUAGCCAGUGCUGCUUCCUUACUCUGCACAAGCUGCUCUGGAAAGGAGCCGGAAAAUAUCACCCCAGCUAGAAGUCCACUUUGAAGCACUUCCUCAAAUGCACAUCAGGGCCAAGUGCCUUCGGGAAGACUAGCUCUUGCUAUCCCUGUGGAUUUCUUUUUUGUUGUUGUUGUUGUUUUAAGUGUACAGAGAGACUAUUUGUAAAGGGAUCUAUAUAGGUGAAAGACAGAAUUUGAACUUGCAGCAGUCCGUGGUGUGAUGCUAGUGACACAGGCAAUCUCCUCCACUUGCAAAAAAAGGCGCCUUGGCCAAGUUGAUGCCCCUGCAACGCAAGCCUGGU